AUGAAGGCGGACGUAGCUCCAACUACGGAGAAACCUAAAAUACCUCAGCCGACUUUAUCGCAGAUCAAUUCCGAUAGAAUAACCCAACUUGCCAACCAGUACUGGUCCCCGCAGACUAAGGAAAGUCACCUACCUUAUGAUGCCUUGAUUGUGGAAUCCAUAUACAUGGCAGAGAUCCUGGGAUCCUAUUUCUCAGUUCGUCGUAUCAUGAUGCUCGAGUUUUCCCAAUACUUGGAGAACUACCUUUGGCCACACUACGAGGCGGGCAAGGCGUCUCAUGCGCACAUGAUGUCCAUCAUCGUUAUGAUCAAUGAAAAGUUUCGUGAGCGAGUGCCAGCUUGGCAGGCAUUUCUCAAGAAACCAGAUCAUUUCCCAGCAUUCUUCGAGCAAGUGCUUCGGGCUAGCGUGGCAGACGACCAUACUAGCCGCAAUAUGCGCGAGCAGACCGCUUUACUGGUAUUCCUUAACCACUGCUUCGGCAGCAUGGAAGUGCAGCUCUGUCGCGAUCAAGUGAAGCGCCUUGUAUCGCUCAGCAUGUGGGUCAGUUUACAAGAAGGAAGACGUAAUCAAGAAUUCAAAGCUGUACCAAAAUGGCGCAAAUACUGGCGAGCGAUACAGAAGAAAGACAAACCUGAGUUACUUGAGAAACUCAAUUGGGAAAGACACUACCUGCAGAGGCUUAUGAUCAAGUUCAUGAGAAUUUUAGAGACCAUCCCCGAAACUGGGGAUGUCAAUGUUGAGACUGUAAGAUAUUGUGAGCGCUUCCUGGAGCUGAUGAUCGACUUGGAAGCGCUGCUGCCUACUCGACGAUUCUUUAAUACCGUAAUGGACGACUGUCAUUUGGUGGUGCGUUGCCAACUCGCGCCACUCGUACGAAGUCCUGAAGGCCAGCUGUUUUCUCAGUUACUUCAAAUGCUAAAGUUCUAUGCUCGCUUCGAAAUUAAUGAUGAAACUGGAGAUCCCAUGAGCGAUCGUGACAUGACCCUUAUGCACUAUUCAAGAAUUACUUCUCUCCAGAAAGCAGCUUUCGCCAAGUUUCCAGAUUUGAGACUGUUUGCUCUAGCAAACGUUGCAAGUGUUGAUACAAGAGAAUCUCUCCACAAACAUUUUGGUAAUCUGAGUGACAAAGCACUGCGCGCCAUUGCUACGUACCUGAAUCUCAUACCUCCAGAAGGCAAAGAGGACGAAGCACCAUGGCAUCGCUUGGAUAAAAUCUUUCUCAAGGAACUACUGAUAUCACGCCAUGAACGUCGAAUAUCCCAAUUGGAAGAAUUGAACAACAUGCCAUUAUAUCCAACGGAGGAAGUUAUAUGGGACGAGAAUGUCGUACCCACAGAAAUAUACAGCGGAGAAAACUGCCUUGCUCUGCCGAAACUAAACCUGCAGUUCUUGACUUUACACGACUAUUUGUUGAGGAACUUUAAUCUAUUUAGAUUGGAGAGUACAUAUGAAAUCCGUCAAGAUAUUGAAGAUGCAGUAUACCGAUUGGCACCCUGGCGCUCAGAAGAUGGAAGCGUCUACUUCGGCGGUUGGGCACGUAUGGCCCAUUCCAUAACGAGCUUUGCAGUAGUAGAAGUAGCCAAACCUAACAUUGGAGAGAAGGCGCCUUCGCGAGUACGCGCUGACGUCACAGUGACUUUGAGCGUGCGCAACGAGAUCAAACAGGAGUGGGAGAACUUGAGAAAGCACGAUGUCUGCUUCCUUAUCACUGUACGGCCAAAUCAAGGCAUAGGUACAAAAUACGACUACAGGAAGAGCAUGGUAGACCAAGCGGGCAUAGUGUACGUGCGAGGCUGUGAAGUUGAAGGCAUGCUGGAUGCAUCAGGAAGGGUCAUAGAAGAAGGUCCAGAGCCCAGGCCACAGCUGGAUGGUGAUUCAAGAACAUUUCGUCUGUUGCUAGAUCCUAACCAGUAUAGGUUGGACUUGGACAGAGCUAGCAAGGGGAAUGAGGAUGUAUACGAAACAUUCAACAUAGUAAUGCGAAGAAAACCUAAAGAGAACAAUUUCAAGGCCGUACUGGAAACCAUUCGCGAGCUUAUGAACACAGAGUGUGUCGUACCUGAUUGGCUACAUGACAUCGUUCUUGGUUACGGCGAUCCUGGACAGGCGCAUUAUACAAGGAUGCCCAAUGAGAUUCCAACGCUGGACUUUAACGACACGUUUCUGGACAUGGAGCACCUGCGGAAUAGCUUCACCGGCUACGAAAUCAAGAUUAAUGUCAACGACCCAAGAAAGCUCGUUCGGCCUUUCAAGCUGACGUUCGAGAACGUCCUCCGUAAACAAGAGCUGGGCGAUGAGGCAAUGGACGAAGACAACGAGAAGAAGGUGAUCGUCGUCGAGCCACACGUGCAACCCAAGAGAGGACCCUAUCUCUACAACGAACCUAAAAAGAACAAUAUCCUAUUCACGCCCACUCAAGUGGAAGCCAUUAGAUCUGGCAUGCAGCCGGGUUUAACACUCGUUGUGGGACCGCCUGGCACAGGCAAAACAGAUGUAGCAGUGCAAAUAAUAUCGAACCUGUACCACAACUUCCCGUGGCAACGCACUCUGGUGGUGACUCACAGUAAUCAGGCUCUCAAUCAACUAUUCGAGAAGGUAGCCGAGUUGGAUGUGGAUGAACGUCAUCUUUUGCGUCUCGGUCAUGGAGAGGAAGCUCUGCAGACUGAUAAAGACUUCUCCAGAUACGGUCGAGUUAACUACGUGCUAGCGAAACGCAUAGAAUUGCUAGAUGCGGUAGGCAAACUUCAGCGCACGCUCGACGCAGGCGGUGACGCAGGCGCCACCUGCGAGCUGGCACAUCACUUCCACGUAUACCACGUGCGUCCGCGAUGGCAGGCUUUCCUCGACAAGUGUCAACGGGAGUUGACUGUGGACACAAUCAGCAAAGAGUUCCCGUUCCACGAGUUCUUCGACGAUGCCCCAAAACCGCUUUUUCCCGGAAAAUCCUUCGGGGAGGACAUGGAAAUCGCCACAAGUUGCAACAGAUAUAUCGAUCACAUAUUCGAAGAGCUAGAGGAAUUCCGAGCUUUCGAGCUGCUACGUUCGGGCCUUGACCGGUCCAAAUACCUUCUCGUCAAGGAGGCAAAAAUCAUCGCCAUGACGUGCACACACGCUGCGCUCAAACGCUCCGAGCUUGUGCAAAUGGGUUUCAAAUACGACAACAUUCUGAUGGAAGAGUCAGCACAAAUCCUCGAAAUCGAAACCUUCAUUCCGCUGCUGCUCCAAAAUCCUCAAGAUGGAAGGUCACGGCUGAAACGCUGGAUAAUGAUUGGUGACCAUCACCAACUGCCACCAGUGGUGAAGAAUAUGGCGUUCCAGAAGUACUGUAAUAUGGAGCAGAGUCUGUUCACGAGAAUGGUGCGGCUUGGUGUGCCUUACGUGGAAUUGGACGCUCAGGGUCGUGCUCGACCGAGCAUCUGCAAUCUGUACCGCUGGCGGUACCGUGCGCUGGGCGACCUAGGCCACGUCCUUCGACUGCCGGAGUACCGCGCAGCGAAUGCCGGCCUGCGCUUCGACUUCCAGCUCGUCAACGUCGACGACUUCAACGGUGCCGGAGAGACCGAGCCCAGUCCCUACUUCUAUCAGAACCUGGCAGAGGCAGAAUACGUGGUAGCCGUAUUCAUGUACAUGAGAUUGGUGGGCUGGCCCGCAGAGCGCAUUUCCAUUCUAACUACGUACAAUGGGCAGAAGCAUCUCAUCCGUGACGUCAUCGACAAGCGCUGUGCUGACAACCCGUUGAUUGGACGUCCACAUAAGGUGACGACAGUGGACAAGUACCAAGGGCAGCAGAACGACGUGGCGCUAGUGUCCCUCGUGCGCACGCGCGCCGUGGGCCACGUGCGCGACCUGCGCCGGCUCAUCGUCGCCGCGUCGCGCGCGCGUCUCGGCCUCUACGUCUUCGCCAGAGCCAACCUCUUCCGCAACUGCUUCGAAUUGCAGCCAACUUUCAAUCAGCUCGUAGAACGUCCUUUAGAGCUGGAGCUGGUCCCCGGCGAGCGGUACCCCGCGCAGCGUGGCGCUACGGCCAACGUGCCCGACGCGUUGGUGCUGCGCAUACGCGAUAUGCCGCACAUGGCGAGAUACGUGUACGAUAUGUACCUUGAAAUCGUAAGAGAGACUGCCAGACAACACGAGCAAUCACGGGGCUCGUGGUCAGCUCCUGGCACGUCAUCAGCGGCAAGGUCAAAGGAGCCGCAGCAUUUCGUACCCUCCCACCCCGGCGCGGCGCCGGACAGCGAUGAUGAGGACGCCGCCGGCCCCGCAGCAAAAGCCACCGGCGUUUCCGGCGCCCCUACUGCCGCUACAGCAACGACUAGUUCUUCAUUCCAGCCUACUGAAAUCAUUAACGAAAUUGAAGAUCCUGAUCAGUAAAUACUUCGGUGUAUACAGUUUCAAUUUGACUUUAUAGUAAAAGAAACAUUACCUCGUAGUUACAUUCAAGUGCCAAAAAUGUGUAUCCAUCUAUUACAGGAUUCAAGGCAUUCAUGACCCUUUCUUGUCGUAACUAUAUCGUAAUUAAAAAAGUACUGGCCACAUGUUUACGACAUAUUAAGAGAAUUGACUGUACUGCCCUUGGGCUGUCAAUAUUUAAGACAUAUACAGUUUCAAACAUCUCUUUCAAAAACCAAUUAAAAUAGAUCUACAUAAACUUUACAUAUUGUAUAAGUAAAUAUAUUAAG